AUGCUCUCCUCGCGGGGAACCAAGAAGACCGAAUCCCUUCACCGUCCCUGGCGAUAUGCCGCAGCGCAUACCUACGAUGCAGAAACCAACCCCUCGGGAAUGAUAUCCUUGGGAAUGGCAGAACAUGCUCCAAUGCGCUCCGAGAUUGCGAACUACAUCAACAACAAGGUAACCUUCACAGCAAACGAAAUCGGCUACCGUCCUCGCCCAGACUCGCCCGCUCGUCUCCCCCAGGCCGUGGCGUCACAUCUAAACUCCCUUCUGAAGCCUAAAGUUUCCAUCGACGCCGAGCACGUCGUCACUGCCAGCGGUCUGACAGCCAUCGGGAGCAUGUUGGCCUUCACCCUAGCAGAGGAAUCGGAUGGGAUCCUUGUUGCUCGACCUGUGUAUGGUCGAUUCGAACUAGAUUACGGUGUCGAGGCAGGCGUCCAGAUGGUGUAUGCGGACACCGAGCCCGAGGAGUCUUUCACGCCGGGUGUUGUCGUGAAGUAUGAAGCGGCGCUGAAGGAUGCUGCAAGUAAGGGCAUCGCUGUUCGUGCUGUUUUGCUUGUGAAUCCGCAUAAUCCUGUGGGUCGUUGCUAUCCCAAGGAUACGUUAAUAGAAAUCCUUCAGUUUUGUAGCAAGAAUAACUUGCACGUUAUCAGUGACGAGGUCUACGCCUCGUGCGUUUUCGAUUCGGGGGAUCCACGCGCUAUUCCGUUUACUUCGAUUCUGUCCAUUGAUACGAAGGGCCUGAUUGAUCCGAAUCUUGUGCAUGUUCUCUGGGGUUUCAGCAAGUUACUUAUGAAUAUGUCCAUGAACAGACGACUCCACCACCCCUCAACAACCACGCAAGCCAUCGGCGCCACCAUCCUCGAAGACCAGGUCUUCGUCACCAAUUUCAUGGAAAAGUCAAAGGAAGAUCUCGCGAAGACAUACCACAUCGUGACUUCGACUUUGGAUAGGGAAGGAAUCAAUUACGUGAAGGGCGGAACCGCCGGCUUCUUCAUCUUCAUCGACCUCUCUCCCUAUCUACCAACCAACACCAACACCAACGAAGGCGAAUUCACCCUAGCGCAAAAAUUCCUUAACGCAGGUGUCUUCCUGCAUCCUGGGGAAGAGCACGCAAGGCAGGCGGGCUGGUUUCGGCUUGUAUUUUCCCAAGAGGAGGACGUGUUGAGAGAAGGAUUGCGGAGAAUGAUGAGGGUUUUGAAAGAUGAUUGA